CUUCCUGUGGUAGCGAUGGCAGUGUCGGGUUCAUUGCGUGUGCUAUUCGAAGUGGUUACCGACUGCGGGGUUAAACCCAGUGCCCACACUGCACAGCCGAAUAACGUUAGUGCAUGACCCUAUAGCAUGCUUUAUAAAUCCAAAUGGUUGUGGUUCUUUGCAUACGUAUUGCGUGUUUCCCUUCAAGCCGCCAGUGAAUAUACCGCUGGUAAUCAUGAUCCUGACGGACAAGCUUGCAGAGCCUGAGAUUGAUGCACCUCCUCCUGCUUAUGACACAUUAUCAAUCCACAGGGGCGCUCCAUCGAUACCUGCCAUCGCCACUGCUUUCGCUCACGACAAUGAGGCAGCUCCCACUGGCAGGACUAGUGUUGUUGUAACGGACGUGCAUGAAUAUGAGCCUCCUUCUCGGGGUCGGCUGUGGGCACGCACGUUGCCCAGGAGCAGGAGCAACAUUGACUUCACAAUACAAGUUACACAACCUCAAAACGAUGCAGUGAUGUCAGCACCGGCCGCAGUGGACGUGGACAAAUCUCUCCCAGAACGCCCACAGCUUGAUUCCCGCAAAACCGUUCCCGCAGAAUCUGCGUCCUCCUCCUGCCAGAAGCGCAAGCACGCCAAGGCAUGUAAAACAAAAUCUGGCCCAAGCUCAUGGCUUUUUCUCCUCCCAUUCACAUCCUCCAAAGUUACGAAACAUGUCCGUCAGUCCGUGCUCAUGCUUAUUCACGAUCUCGUCGUUCCUCCGUCAACCAACUCUGUCAACCUGAAUCCUAAAUCUCCGCAAGUGUCCCUCCCAGAUCCACACGAAAUCCUAGCCUCCUGCGCCCAAUCCUGCUCUGCGAAGAACCUGUCACUGUCUACGCUUCUUCAAGAGCCAACUGUAGCAGGUCACACUGCCAUCUAUUGGGCUAUCGUCCACUAUCGCCCCUCGCUCCUCGAUGCAUUGCUCAGGCACUCCUCCCCUUUAACGCCUGUAACGCAAAGUGAAAUGAGGAAGGCAUGUUUGGUGGCAAGUAAUCAGGAAUUGUUCCAAAACCUUAGACUCAGUGCGGGGUUGUGCGCAAGUGGGUUACGGAGUGCCGCUGAUAGACUGCUUCUUGGUCAGCGCCCACCAGAUGACGUGCGUAUUGAAGAGGGCCCUAAUGGUGCCUUUGCUGCAACGCUGGAUAUCGCGAUGUGGCAGAAACGUAUACGUGCGGUUGGAAGCGUGAGCGUGGAAUUCAUUGCCUCUGGUCGUAUAUUCGCACUAACCUUCUUCACCACCGAUCGUCCCCAACCCAACACCAAGUGCACCAAAGCCACAAGAGCGGUAGGAACAUUGCACGUCUCACUCUCCCUCCUCGAGCACAGCCUACCAACCUACGUGGAUGCAGCAGUAAUCAUCGAUCGACCUCCUCCCCUUCCUUCUCCAGGGCCUUCUCCACGUUCACCAAGAAAGGAAAAUUCCUACUUGCCAAAAGAGCACAUCUACAGGGCCAGUUUCUCAGGCGGAGAGAAAAGCUAUGACAUUGAGAGCGGAGUGGGGUUUGGGGGUUAUGAGGCAGGGAAGUGGGACUUCAACUAUGAUGGACAAGCGCGUGCGCGCUCGCCUUCUCCUCCUUCCUCGCCUAGCUCUGCUGGCUCUCCUUGCCAUGCAACGUUCUCGGGUGCACAUACACCUACACAGAAACAUGGACAGAAACAGAUGUUACUUCCACCUCCCUCACACCCCCACCGCAGGCUAAUGCAGACUUGUUCGUCUCCCUCGCUCAAGCAAUUGUCCUCGUCCCGUUCCUCGCAUACGUUAACAUCUGUGUUGGAUGGCAAGGCCACAGCUUUCACGCCCAAGAAGCAGCUCGUGAAGUUGAGGAAUGCCUCAUUAGGAUUGUGUGCCAGUGGGCAUGCUCCGGUGGUGCUCCGUUUUAGUGCAGGCGAGUCUAUGCUUGCUUGUCGUACGAGGAAUGGAGAUCCACACGCCCUACCUCAUCCUACCGCCAAACCUGAUACCUGGUCCGAACAUGGCACGUGCUAUGUCUCUGCAAUCGUAGUGCCACUCGGCGAACAAGAUGGGGGCGGGUUGAUGUUUGACACAUCCCCGCAUAUCGCGCCUGAUGGUAGUUUACGAGCGCGGCUAGAGACGAGGUUGGUGAAAACUGAGGAAGGAGGGAAGGAGUGUAUUAUUUGUUAGUUUGAUGCAGGGCGAUGGUCAUUCUUUGGUAUUGUAGUCUGGUGGAUCUUGUAUAGGAUUGUACUCAGAGUCUCAGACAUAUGAGACUGUGGGAUGGGCGGACAGUAUGCUGCUACUAAUCUACUAAUCACAUAUUUCUUUCACCUCAGAGUUCGUCUCGAUUCCAGUACUUCAUAUGUUAG